AUGAGUCGGUCCCAGCUAAAAAUUGCAACGGGACGGAGAAGCACUUCUUUCUCGCAAAGGACAACCUGGUCAAUACGGGUGCUGCUAACCGAAGUUCAAGACGGCAUCUUCGUUGAUCUUGGUUGGGUGGAAGGAAGGAAGCGUUGGUUCCGGCAACGUCUGAUUUCAGGUCCUAUUGGCGAUGUUAGCUGUUUGGAGGCGACCUGGAAGCUGCUAUGCGGCUGCCGCCGCCGCUCAGUUAAGAGGUGUUAG